AAGUAUCAGGUGUUCAUAUGAGACACACACACAGUCAGGUGUGAGUCUACAGAUCCGGCACUAGGACCCAGGAUCAUCCCUGUUCCUGCCUCCUCUCCUCGAUCACUCAGUCCAGGAUGGAGCAGAGAGAUGUCACAGAGACCAGAAGCACACGCAGAAGCAGGUCAGAGACCAAACACAUCCAGACAGAACAUAGUCUUGCCUACUAAGUGUCAUUUUCUUUAGGAUUCACAUUCUGCAAAUGGACAACACCAUCAGAAGACUACAAAAUUCCUGAAUAAGUCAUCAACUAUGUAAAAACCGCAAGCUUUUACAUGGUACCCUCCACAGAACCACGUUCUAGGAUUGCUGGAUUUUAUCCAACCAUCGGACCUAAACAACUUCUACACAGGGACUCAACAAGAAGGGUUUAGAAACAUAAAGUUGUAGUCCUAGAAGUUCACUGAGCGAGACUCAGAUUCUCUGGACUGUAUAUGUGUACCUCUACAUUCAGCCAUGGGAAACGCAGCUGGAAGUCUGGAGAUGACCCCGGCGCGGGACAUCAAACGGCCCCUCAGCACCUACGGCCAGAAACAGCCACCGGCCCCCAAACUGCCCCCGCCGCCUGAGGACGAAUUAGAGGAGAGGUUCAGCACUGUGUUGAAUUCAAUGAAUCUCCCCCCUGAUAAAGUGAAGCUGCUCUGUCAGUACGACAAUGAGAAGAAAUGGGAGUUAGUCUGUGACCAGGAGCGAUUUGAGGUGAAGAAUCCUCCAUCAGUGUACAUUCAGAAACUCAAGAGUGUAUUAGAGCAGGGAGGAGGCAGAAAGUUUAAACGGCGAGUCCAAGAAUCCACACAAGUUCUGAGAGAGUUGGAGAUCUCGUUGCGCACCAAUCACAUCGGGUGGGCUGAGGAGUUUCUAAAUGAAGAAAACAAGGGUUUAGAAGUGCUAGUGGACUACCUCUCUUUCGCUCAACGUGCAGUCACAUAUGACAUGGAAAGCUCCGAUAAUGGAAGCUUUGAGGAGAAGUCUACGGAAGAUCUGACCACGAGCGCGACAAACUCCCCCACCCACAAUUCCCCACGCUCAGGACGGUCGUUCGCCGCGAGGAAAGCUCUGAGAUACUCGCGUCUGCUCGGCCAGAAGAACCACCUGCAUCUCUGCAUCAUGUGCCUUCGCACCAUCAUGAACUACCAGUUAGGGUUUAAUCAGGUGAUGGCUCAUCCCAGCUGUGUCAAUGAAAUCACUCUUAGUCUCAACAACAAGAGUGCCAGGACUAAAGCACUGGUUCUGGAGCUCCUUGCUGCUGUGUGUCUGGUUCGAGGAGGUCAUGAAAUCAUUAUUGCAGCCUUUAAUAAUUUCAAAGAGGUGUCUGGAGAGAAGAACAGAUUCGAAAAACUAAUGGAAUACUUCAGAAAUGAAGACAGCAACAUUGAUUUCAUGGUGGCUUGUAUGCAGUUUAUCAACAUUAUAGUGCAUUCAGUGGAGGACAUGAACUUCCGAGUGUACUUACAGUAUGAGUUUACACAACUGGGAAUAGACAGCUAUCUAGAGAGGUUAAAGGUCACUGAGAGUGAGAGGCUGCAGAUGCAGAUUCAAGCGUACCUGGAUAAUGUGUUUGAUGUUGGAGCGAUGCUAGAAGAUGCCGAGGCCAAAAAUACAAUAAUGGAACAUCUAGAGGAGCAACAAGAACAAAACACACAGCUAAAUGCUAGACUGCAGCAGUGUGAGAGUGAAGCUGUGGAGAAGACGUCUGAACUCGAGAAGCAGCUCAUAGAGGGUAUGAAAGAGGUGGAGCUUCUGAAGGGCAGUCUGAAGGAGGCGCACGCUCAGGUCUCUCAGCUGCAGCAGAAGGAGAAAGAGAGAGAGACACAGAGUGAGAAGGAGAAGGAGAGAGAGAGAGACAGACAGCAACGUCAGUUGGAGGAGAAGCUUCAGGUUCUAGUGGAUCGAGGUCUGAUCCGCAUGGAGAAAUCCCAAUCCGGCUCUCUGGAUUUACACAUUAUACCAGUCGCUAACACAACAGAUAAGAGUACAACAGAAAUGAAGGCCUCUCCUGUGAUGCAAUCUCCGCCCCCUCCUCCUGUCCCCGCCCCUCCCCCACCUCCUCCCCCGCCCCUUAUGAGUGAAGCUCCGCCCCCUUCGCUGUCACAUGGAAGGGCAGGAACCCUAAAGACAGGUGUAAAAGGUAAGAAGCCAAUCAAGACAAAGUAUCGAAUGCCCCUGCUGAACUGGCAGGCUCUACAGGAGGAACAGGUGGCUGGCACGGUCUUCACAGAGCUGGAUGAUGAAAGUGUGCUUGGGGAGUUGAAUAUGGACGUCUUUGAGGAGUUGUUUAAAACUAAAGCUCAGUCCGCUACUGUGAACGUAGGCACUCUGAAGGUGAAAGUGGCCAAUAAAGCAUCUAGUAAAAUCUCACUACUGGAGCCCAACAGGGCCAAAAAGCUCGCCAUCACACUGCGCAAAGGAGGCAUGAGCACCGCUCAGAUCUGCACUGCCAUCCAAACGUAUAAUCUGGAUUUGCUAAACUCAGAUUUUCUAGAGCUGCUGGAGCGCUUCAUCCCGUCUGAUUAUGAGUUGAAGUUGAUUGAUAAUUUCGAGCGUGAAGGACGCCCCCUGCUGGAGCUCUCAGAGGAGGACAGAUUCAUGGUGGCCUUCAGCAAAAUCCCACGGCUGUCACAAAGAAUCAGCACGCUAACAUUCAUGGGAAACUUUAGCGAUAGCAUCCUGCUAUUAAAACCUCAAUUAAAUGCCAUCAUCGCUGCUUCCAUGUCCAUCAAAUCCUCCAGCAAAAUGAAGAAGAUUCUAGAGAUCAUUCUUGCAUUCGGGAAUUACAUGAACAGUGGGAAGAGAGGAUCAGCAUAUGGAUUUCGACUCCAAAGUCUUGAUUUGCUUCUGGACUUGAAAUCCACAGAUAGAAAACAGACACUCCUGCAUUUCAUCGUCAUGAUCAUACGAGAAAAAUACCCUCAGCUGCACAACUUUCACUCUGAACUACACUUUCUGGACAAAGCUGCGCUGGUCUCUCUGGACAGCAUCCUUGCAGACGUGCGGUCUCUGGAGAAGGGGAUGGAGGUGGUCCGUAAGGAGUUCCAGCAACAGAAAGACAGCGCUGUCCUCAUAAAUUUUAUGUCCAAUAAUGGCAGUCUGCUGGACACUAUUGUAAAAGACAGCAAAACUGCACAGGAGAUGUAUCACUCAGUGGUGGAGUAUUUCGGAGAGAAUCCCAAAUCCACACCUCCUUCUGUGUUCUUCCCUGUUUUCGCCAGGUUCAUUAAAGCAUAUAAGCUGGCCGAACAGGAGAACGAACAGCGGAAGAAAUUCUCUGAGAAUGAUGACAGCGUAUGCUUAUCCAUCUCUGACCCUCCCAUCACAUCAGUGAGUCAUAAGAUGCCAGCGCUUCCACGAUUGCCACAGGUGGAUCUGAUCGCAGAGCUGAAGCGCCGGCAGAUGACACCGCUCGUGCGAGAGGGCAAAGACGGAGCCAUCGAGGACAUCAUCACAGCUCUGCAGGCGGUGCCGUUCACGGCCCGUUCUGGGAAGCGUUCCUCUCGUCUGCUCUGCGAUGGGACUUGUGUAUAACCGUCUCUUGCUUUCUCUCUUCUCUCUCUGAAGAUUUGAGGAACCAGCCGUAUAUCAGAGCCGACGGAGGUAGACGAAGCGCCAAAUGGAAACCGGCUCAGCAGCUUCUCGUGUCGUCAGACAUCUCUCUGUGAAACACGCGCAGCUCGAAGGAUUCCCAGAGGAACGGACUCAACUACUGAAGCCAAAAACAGUUUACAAGAGAUAUUUAAACAGCUAUAAAAAGCUCUAAAUUAACUUCAAAUAUUUAUUUUAAAUUCAGAACACUUUUAGGGAAAACACUUAUCAAAGAUCAUGUGCUUUUAUAUUUCAUAUGUAGCCGAAAAUUUAAAGAAAAAUGUAAAUUAUAAAAAAAAUUAAUUAUAUUUGGAUAAUAUAAUUGAAAGAAUUUGAGUUAUAUACAGUUUUAUUUUGAUUUUGGGGUGAAAUAUGGCACAUUCUUGAAAGGUUUUAUAAUAUUAACCCUUGAACAACUGGAUUUUCAGCUACAUUUUACAUUUAGACACUUAAUCGAUUUUCCCACGAAAUGCUUACUGUACGCUCACACCAACUACUGAAAACUAGCUGCGUCUAAUAUGUGUAAAUAUAUUUUUUGUCAUACAAAUCAGUCUUUUUCUUUCUACAUGCAGUAUGUAUUACAUCAUAAUGAUUUUAUACUGGGCAAAGUGGCAGUUUACACGUAUAAAAGUACAGCAUUUCUGGAUAACAAUUAGUGCACAAGCACAUGUAGUAGAAGAUAUUCACUU